AUGGACRUUGAUGCUGGUGUCACGGUGACAGAUGUGGAGAAGUUAGAGUCCUUCCGACAUGUACCGUGGAAUAGAAAGGAGAAGGCAAGAGRAAGGAAGUGCCCGAUAGGUCGGUACAUUGGAUUUGACAWCUACAGGUUUAUACUACUUCUGGGGCAUGCUGGAGAUGGCUUUAGACAGGCUGGAAAGCACGAUGAAUGUGGGAGCGGACAGCACAACUGUGACGGGAAUGCCAUCUGCACCAACACGGUCCARGGACACAGCUGCACCUGCAAACCAGGCUACGUGGGCAACGGGACCAUCUGCAAAGCAUUCUGCGAGGAGGGCUGCAGAUAUGGUGGAACAUGUGUGGCUCCUAACAAAUGUGUCUGUCCACCUGGAUUCACAGGAAGCCACUGCGAGAAAGAUAUUGAUGAAUGUACAGAGGGGAUCAUUGAGUGCCACAACCAUUCCCGCUGCGUUAACCUGCCAGGGUGGUACCACUGUGAGUGCAGAAGMGGUUUUCAUGACGAUGGGACCUAUUCACUGUCCGGGGAGUCCUGUAUUGACAUUGAUGAGUGUGCCUUAAGAACUCACACCUGUUGGAAUGAUUCUGCCUGCAUUAACUUGGCGGGGGGCUUUGACUGCCUCUGUCCCUCUGGACCCUCCUGCUCUGGUGACUGCCCCCAUGAGGGAGGGCUGAAGCACAAUGGACAGGUGUGGACCCUGAAAGAAGACAGGUGUUCUGUCUGUUCCUGCAAGGACGGGAAGAUAUUCUGCCGACGGACAGCUUGUGAUUGCCAGAAUCCAAGUGUUGACCUUUUCUGUUGCCCAGAGUGCGACACCAGAGUCACAAGUCAAUGUUUAGAUCAAAAUGGACAUAAGCUGUAUCGAAGUGGAGACAAUUGGACCCACAGCUGCCAGCAGUGUCGGUGUCUGGAAGGAGAGGUAGAUUGCUGGCCACUCGCUUGCCCCAAUUUGAGCUGUGAAUACACAGCCAUGUUGGAAGGGGAGUGCUGUCCCCGCUGUGUCAGUGACCCCUGCCUGGCUGAUCACAUUGCCUAUGAUAUCAGGAAAACUUGCCUGGACAGCUACGGUGUUUCUAGACUCAGUGGUGCAGUAUGGACCAUGGCCGGAUCUCCCUGCACAACCUGUAAAUGCAAGAAUGGGAGAAUCUGCUGUUCUGUGGAUUUGGAGUGUCUUCAAAAUAACUGAAGUAUUUUAAAUGGACUCAUCACAGGAGAAAAAAUGGACAAAAUGAUCAUCCAACAUGAUGAAAAAUAAGAGUUGAUUUUUUUAACCACAAUUACCAAAGUCUCCAUUGGAGGAAGGUGUUUGGGGGUCGCCUCGUAGACCUGCCACUUUGCUCAUUCUUGCUAACCUAGUCUAGGUGACCUACAGUGCAGUGCAUUUAAGUCUAUGGUUGUUAAGAGAAGUCCCCGGUGUUGUAAAUCACAUUUCCCUUAUCAGAUCAUUUGCAAACACAUUUAAAUGAUCUCAUGGUAAAUGUUGAUGUAUUUUUUGAUUUAUUUUGUGUACUAACAUAAUAGAGACUCAGCACCAUUUAUUUAUUUAUUUUUCUUGAUUUUUGGAUCAAAUUCUAAAAAAAAAAAAUAAAGUUGCCUGUUGUGAUAUUGUCCCAUCCACUGUAUACUGUGAAAUGUAUUGAAAAAAAUAUCUAUGUGGAGUYCAAUUGCAUCAUACUUAUAUUUCAAACUGUUGAACAGAAUUAGAGACCCACUCAUCCAGCUUAAGCAUGCCCAAGGCAAUUUUGAUACCUUAAAGUGGGGAAGGACUCCAAMCACAAUUCAAUAGUUAUUUAGAAAAGGACUCU